UGAGCGUGCGCGCUCAUUGCGCUCUCACGCCAGCUAUCCUUGGUGAUGGAAGGAGGCCCACAAACGUCGUCCCGUUUCACUCACACCAACGCUCGCACAACGCCUACUGAGCACGGGCUUCGGAUUCGGAUUGCCCAACAAGCAGAGCCCCCGACAAGCUGGCCACGGCACGGAGAAGCAACACACAAAAAAACCCUCGCUCGGUCGCUCAUAGUCUACCAAGCGGAGCACCAGGAAUUUCUAGGACUGCGUGCGUUAGACGAGUGUUAGCAUCCGUACCGUGCGCACAGUGUAUGCGAGUGCAGUGCCGUUGCUCUGAAGUGUAUGUGUCACCAUAGUUUUGCCAGCGUGUUCGUCGCCUGACAGCAGUAGCAAAAAGCAGAAGCAAAAACGCUCACUCAUACUAGUGGGGAAACAGUUGUGUAAAACGCGGAUACCCUCGCGGAUUGGGUGGCAACAAACAAAGGCAAACAAACCCCGUCCGAGCCGUGUGCAGCUUCCGCAGUUCCGAUGUGGUGAAUGUCAUCAGUUUCGUGUGUGGAAAUUCUGAAGACCGAAGCUAUGGUGCCCGUGGUGAAGCUGAUGUGACAACCGACCGCAAGCGGUCGAAUAGUGUGUGCAUAAAAAGGGUGUGUAUGUGGAAGAAGAUCACUGUGAGCAACCGAGCGGGAGAGAUAACGAAUGCCGUAGUAGUGUUUUUCUUCCAUCGCUUCUGUGUGCUAAAUUUACUGUGUUUGUGUGAGGGAGUGUGUGUGUGUGAGUGUUGGUGGGGAAAAAAACGAGACAACCAAGCGAAAAAGCACAGUGCUAGACCGAGGCCCCAUCGCCCGGAAGAAAAAGGUGGGAAAAAUAUUAUAAAAUCCAAAAUAAAGCAGUACACCUUCAGCGUGUUGUGGCGUUUCGAGCUCGGGUUGUGAAGAAACCGAGGCGCGUGUGUGUGAGUGUGUGUUUGUGCGCUAAUAAAAUCGCACUUUUCACCCCGGCAGAAAACUGAGUUUGGAUAAUUUAAGUACCCGCACAGCAAGUGUGUGUGUGCUCGAGCAGUGGAAAAUUGCCACGACAAGCGAAGAAGGAAUAAUCUACAUACAACUUUAGCCCUCCCCACGUUUUUUAUCGGUGUUGUACGUUGUUUCGCAUUCAUUAGCUUCAGAAGCAGUAUCAGCAGCUCCAGUAAGCAAGGAUACAUAUGCAUAUUACUAUUACAUCGAGCGAGAACAAAACAAUUAAGCGCUAGAGAGCUAAGCAGCAAAAACAAGGUUUUCCAGUUUAUAGUACGUAAAGCAACACGCUCUGUAUAAGCAUCACCGCUCACUCCAACCCCACAACAAGCAGCGUAUAUAGCUUCUAACUAAUCAAUAUUAUAAUUACUAUUAUUGUAAAGAGUUCGUAGAAACCCAGAACAGCAGAAACCGUUCGCUCGAUACAUAUAUCUACCCGUAACCGAUAGGCGUGUGUAUAUUUCAAUAAUUCAUUAGCUCACCGACCGAGAACGAUAGAGGACAGAGCGAGCGAAAGCAAGACGACGUGUGCAAUUGUUCAACUUAAUGAAGCCAAACAGGUGAGCGUGCUCAUAUUUGCUGUUAAAUAGAAAGUAAAGCGAGCGUGAGUGUGGGCACCACUUCCAUCCAGCGGAAAAUCGUACUCCAACGCAUCGCAAGCUUGAGGUAAACGAGAAAAAUAAGCCGAGAAGGGAAAGCGACAUUACUGACAAGUAAUAAGUGUUAAUACCUUCAAGGCACGUGUGGGAUAAAGCACCUGACAGGAGUAAAAGAACAACCGGUGAGGAAAUUAAAUCCAUUUUCCAGCGAUGAAAGCAACGCAAAGCGCUAUGAGUGCUUUUGCAUCAAAACAAUAGCCAAGGUACGGCCUUUACAACCAUGCUAGAGAUGGUCUAACAGAGGGCAUCCACGCACACACACUCAUUAAGUAAACCCAGCUCAAAGGGAAAGAUCAACGGACCUAACCGAAAAAAAGGACGACCCGCUUGUGCCGGUGUUGAUGGAAAAGUUUCGACGAUCGAGAUCAUCGAAUUUUGAGUGUAGCGAAAGUCACGCAGCUAAACAGCGGGCAAACAUUGCCUUGAAGAAAUAGAAAAUUAAGGCAAAAAACCCACACACAAACAAACAAGCAAAAAACAGGCUUCGUUGCUUCAUCGCACCGUGCCAGACAAGUUCAAACGAUGUGAAAGUCAGAUUGCCGUAAGCGGUAAGCGUUGGACAACUCCGGACGGGUCCGGAACAGUAACUCAGCUUAACGGAGAAAGGAAGAAAAAAUAUAUACUUAAAGCAGAAAGCAAAGCAAAAGUAGACAAAAAGAGAGAGAGAGAAAGAGAGAGAAAAACACGAACAAACCAAAACCAACACAACCAAACAAGGUUCAGUCUUCUAUGAAUUGUGACACGUCGGUACUGCGCACCGUAGCACGAACGUGGCCGCACGGAACAUGUCCACUCUGAAGGAACGCAACAAAAUGUGCCAUUCUAAUUUAAUAUUCAUUGUGCUCUUCAUUUGUACUGAUUAUGUAACGGGCGAUAUCAGUACAUCCUUAGCCUUAAGUAAGUUGAACUCUGGUGCAACAUUUUUCGCUGGACCAUACCUAGACGGGAGCGGCGUUAGCAAUGUAACUACACAAAUCGGAACACAUGCAUAUCUGCCGUGCAAGGUGAAACAGCUAGGGAACAAAUCUGUUUCGUGGGUACGAGUGAGAGAUGAUCACAUUCUCACAGUGGACAGAAUGACAUUUAUAGCCGACGAGCGCUUUCAAUCAUUCUACGUGGAGAGCAGCGGUGUGUGGACGCUGCAGAUCAAAUACGUGCAGGCCCGUGACGCUGGCAUUUACGAGUGUCAGGUGUCGACGGAACCGAAAAUCAGCGCCCGAGUACAUCUGCAUGUCGUUGUGCCAAGAACCGAGCUUAUAGGUGACUCCGAUCGCUACGUCAAGGCUGGCAGUGCCGUCAUCUUGCGAUGUGUGGUCCGGGGUGCCCUCGAGCCACCUUCCUACAUCAUCUGGUACCACGGUACGCAGCAGAUCUUCACCGAGAGCCGGCGUGGCUGGAAGACACAGCUGGAUCGUGGCGCACCGGAUCUCGACGGAGAUAUACACAGUACGAUUGGCUCGCUGAUAAUAGAAUCGACGAGAAAGAAGGACUCCGGAAAUUACUCCUGCAGCCCAUCCAACAGUCCACCGAUCACUGUCUCACUGCACGUUAUCAACGGAGAAUCGUCUGCAUCCGCUGUCACGUCAUCGGCAAGAUCGCUGUUUGAUGACAGCAUAUCGAUGUUCAAACAGCGCAAUCUGCAGAUUCUACUCCGGCAUAGGUCAUUUGUUAUGCUACUUGUAUUGGUUAUCUAUGCUCAGCUAAGCUGUCAUGUGAACUAUAGUCUUUAAGUAUAAAAAACCUAGCGUAUAAAACGGGGGAAGGGGUGGGAGCAGAAUUAGAAAAGCAAGCAACAGGAGCGAUAAAAACAAAGCCGCACCUCCUAAAAGAAGGUGAAAACGGUGCGCAACUUAUCGCAACAAGCAAGUAACGAAAAAAAAAACGGAGAAAAAGAUAACAAAGUGAGAGAAAAGAAGGGAGAGAAAAAAAACUACAAAAAAUCAAAGAGCAAAUACACGGUACGCGAAGCUAACGAUAAGUUAAAUACAGAAAAAAAAACAAGGAAACAAAGUAAGAAAAAAAACGAAAACGAAAAACAAAAACCAGUAAAAGGUAAUUCGAAAAUCAUCCACGUCCAUUCUCUAUCGCUAAAUACACACUUUAAGAAGAAAAGGAAAACAAAGGGGAGAUGAUGAGUAUCGGGUGAUGUGAACGAUGAUGUGAAAAAUUUUGCUCAUAUAAACACACACACACACAAAACGAAUCGCGACACGACACAAAAAGCGGGGGUUGAUGGUAGAAAAUCUCCCCCACCAACAGCCCUCCACACAGAUUCAAUGGAGCUCAUUCGUGACUGAUUAACAAAAAUAAAAAGGAAAGGAAAACGGAGGAAAGUUUCAGUAAAGUUUUGUUUUAGAGGAUUGGAAAAUGGGGAAAAAAGUACACAAAAGGGACUGAAAAAAAGAAACGAGAUCAAGAAUGAAUUGCAGGAAAUAUUUGGCUCGGUGGAGUUGGCAAUCGGUUCAAAAGGGCUCACCCGUAGUAGCUAACGCCAGCAAAAGGACUGAUAAAGAUGACGUUUAAGUAGGCGGAGCAGCACCAGCAGCACUUUGUUUUGGGGGCUUUUCUUACUGUAUUCUGUUUCGUGGUGCCCUCUUUUCUUCACCUGGUUGAUGUGGCGACAGCCAUUUAAUAAAAACGCUGCGGUCACUCGUGAGGACAGCAACUGUCCGUCCGCAUGCUGGUUGAAUAUCUGUCGAUGAGUUUUUGGAUUAUUUGUAUGUUGCUCAUUUUUUUUCUUUAUCUCAUCCCUGGCACCGAUCCGCACAAAAAGCACACUGUUCGAUAGCUAAACCACACGGAAUCAACUAGCUGCGUGUUGGAAAAACGAGGCACACACACAAAAACUGGAUCCACUACUCCCUACACAACUCUCGUUCGCGCUCGUUACCUUGGGCAGCCACCGAUGAUCAUGCUGCUCCAUCUAGUUCCAAUUUCGUUAAGCAAGUCCCCUAAAACUUUACUCCAUCAAUGUCAGUUUUUGCUAGCACCUUUGCGGCUAGGGAAGAUGAAAAUUUCCGUGCUCCGAGCUCCCAUAGUUAUCGCCCCCGUUCGAGGGCGCCCAGGUCCUUGGUGUAUCCUCGAUAACUUUUCGGGGUAAACUUUUUGUAGAGAGUUGUGUUGUUUUUUCUCCAGCUCCCUACUCCCGUUUGCUCAGUUCUUGUUUUUGUGUGUGUGUGCGAGUGUGUUUGCUAAUCGAUCAUGUCGUUAGUGGGGCCGCCGGUGCUGGGAUGUUGAUGCUAAAGCUUGGCCGGCGAGGUUGAACUGCGAGGUGACGAUGAUGAAGGGCAUAUUUUGUGUUCCGAGAGCUUUCUGUUCCCACGCCCUGAAAAGUGUGCAUGUGUAGGAAAAUAUGAUCUAGUCGUAUUUUGUUGUUAUCGCCCGUGCCACCCGUGCCACCCGGAUAACUUUUCCAUGGUAUAUUGAUGACUGUUGACUCGGGCAGAACGAAACAUAGCGUCCUUUUGCGGGUGAAAAACGAACGAGCGGAACGGUCGUUUGCUCCACCAGAAAGGAAGCGAGAGAGAGAGAGAGAGAGAGAGAGAGAGAGAGAGAGAGAGAGGGAGAAAACAAACACUCACACAUACUCAAACAUACUCACCCGUGGAAAUGCGGUACGUAAAGGUGUGGUGGAAAUAAGGUUUACGUGCAGCAGCAGAUGGCAGGAGAAGAAGCGAAACAAGAAAAAAAAAACACAGAAACGAAAAUCAUCGUUAGCAUCGUCCUACUGAUACGUUAAUAUAAAUAAUCAUUUUAUUGAACCAAAAAACCAAAAACGGAUGUGUAAAGGAAACAAACCAACAACACGAUAACCGAUAACACAACAACAGAACGAAGCAGAGGUAAAUUUAAAUGACAAAAGGGAAAAGCAGAGAAGAAGAAAAACAAACAAAAUAAAAAGCAGCUCACACACAUUCACCAGUCAGUCAGUCACAAGUUAUAAGUCUAUGCGAGCGAUAGUGCGAUGGAGGCGCCCAGUAAUAACUAUUUAAAUUAAACAGUAAACGCCAGAUGCGCCACCAUGGGACGUGCAUGUAAAAGCGAGGCAAACGCAAAAAAAACCCAAACAAACAUACAACAACAACAAAAAAACGGAAAACAAACAAAAAAUUAUCCCAUACCAACUGAGCGGCACAGCGGAAUAGCAAACUUACGCUCAACCGGACAACAAAAUGUAAAAUGUUAUAAACUUACUUAUACUACUACAAAUUGCCAGCGGGAAAGCGGUUCAUUGCAGCGUGUUGCAGCGAGACA